UAUAUAUUAUGCUGUAAUUGAAUAAUAAUACAAAAAUGUAUUCUUUAAAAUAACACAUCUACAAAAUAGUCAUUGUGGUGAAAUGGCCCUUUAUUUUUGAAUGGUAGUGUAGGCUAUACAAUAAAUGUUGUUAAUAAAGUAAACUGAUACAAUACAUUGUGUAAACACAAGUAAUCAUAAAGCACAAAUACAUGGUUAAGAGUUCAUUUUUUUCUUUGUUUAAUUUUAUUUUUGGUAAACAUGGCUGAACCAACCUUUAAGUUUCCACCCAAAUAAAUAUAACGUUAGUAAAAAUGAUAACAACCUAGUAGGGACAAUCCUCGUGUACUCGUGUAACGUUAUCUGGUGCUCUUCCGGUCUGUGACGGAUGUUGUGUUUGGAUCUCAGGACCCCACAACAGACUACCACGCGGAAAAAACAAAUGUAUUACAUACAAAAUAAUCACACGACACUAAUAUUAGUAAAAUAAUGUCGUAAUGAAAGCAACGUUCGUGCUCUUAGCAUGCAACGUUAGAUGACCUCGCGCGAGUAAAGGGAUUAAUCGCGCGACGGUAUCGGUGUAUUAAAACAGUUGAGCAUUUUAACGUCAAGUUUUCAUUAACCAUUCGGACAUCAUGGAUGGCAAGUUGCCCCCAUGGAAUAUUCAUGGAGGGCAUAGCAGCAGCAUUCCCUAUACAUCAGGGGAAUGUCAUGAGGCACGUGACUUAACAGGAGAAUCCAUGCCCUCAUUGUCAUCAUGUAUGAGUGGAGCGUUUAGGGCUUUGUUACCAGAUUACCAUGGAACGUCAUCAGCCAUGACAGCAAACCCUAUUAAAUAUUCCUAUUCUCCUGAUGAUCAUUGUGUCAUUCGAAGCGGCACUGGAAUGAGUUACUCUGAGAACACAAUAGAAAGAAGGGAAAAAUUUAAUUAUAUCAAAGAGUCUUUAGUGUACCCCAAGUAUACUCAAUACGUGCCGCAAGAAAAGGACAGAGAAUUGGACCAAGGAAACUCGCAUAACUGGACAUCUGUCAUUAAACAUGCACUAGAGAUGAGUAAUGGAAUGGAAAUGGAGCACACUGUGGAUGUCUGUAGCCCUCUAGUGGACUUUAAUCCUGUUUAUAAAGAACCUCAGAUGGAGUUAACACGCUCGAAACCAAAUGAGAAACAGGAUGGGCUAGAGGUUAAAGGAGAACACAAUUCCUUUAUUACUAUGUUGUCCGAUGGCACCAGCAAACAGCAAAAUGUUCAGGAAAUGGCUGUAAACCAGGAGUCAGACAUGUUCGCUGAAGGAUCAUCUUUAAGAAAAGGGGAACCUAGAAUGACUGUUAUCAGAGGACAUGAGCCAGGAUUUUCAUUACCAGGAUUUUAUAGUUCACAUAAUCCUCAUUUAUUGGAAGGUUAUGUGAAAUGUGAUGAGUUUUCAUUGGUCAAGCGGCCUACAGAACACACUUCUCAGAAAACACCACAAGAACCUGGGUUAUCAUGCCAAGUUGGCAGCCCUAAUAAAACUCAGGAGAGCCACACAAACAGUUGCUUCGGAGUAAAUAAUGAAAUUGUUUCUGACAAUUCACCCAUUUUUGAUCUUCAUAAUCUUGAUCUUCCCAAAUAUAGUGUACCGGCAGAGAUUAUGGAUGGAAAAAUGUCAGUUAAUUCACAUCAUCAUUCUUCAAACUAUAAUGAUCAACAGGAGAUGGGACAACAAAGUCAUCUGGAUGUCUCUAAUACAAUGCUUAGAAAACACUUCGAAAACCAAGUAACCACUUCACCAUUAGAAGAAGAAAUUAAGAGCAAUCUGUCUGUUACAGAAGAUAUUGAACCUAAAGGCUCAGUUCACACUAAAAAUACUGAACUCAGUUUGAAUUUGAAACCAAAGUUUGUCCCUGAAAUUGUUUCCUUUUCAAAUCCGAACUCCACUCCAGAUUCACAGAAGGUUCCAGAGCAACUUCCUUUCUCCCACAAAAUGUACAUUGAUGAUACAUGUAAGGAUUCUCAAAAAGAGCAAGGGAAAAGUGACAGAUUAAAUACACUAAGUUUUCAAGAGAACAAUUUGACUACCAGUCCCGUGUCUGUAGAUGGUAGAACAUAUCUUCAUGUUCAAGAAAAACAUUCGCCAACAAAUCAAAGUUUAGUUCAUCCAUCUGGACACUCUGAAAUGUGUGAACAGACAUUUCUUAACAAUGGUGAAGAACGCAGUAAUCAUUCCACUCAGCAUAAUUUACAGAAUGCAUUGCAAACGUACCAAGAAAAGAAACCAAGAAAGAUUGCAAAGAAACCAAGAAAAAGAAAAAAAACUGAGCUUGAGGAAUUAAAUGAUCAGAUACACAAAUCCACAAAAAUGAGUGACUGUUCUUUGUAUGAAUCAGACAUAUCAGAUGGUGCUGUAAAACCAGACAAAACUGGAUGUGAAGAAGUUAAUGAUAUCUGUCCGCUGACUGAUAAUAACAUCAGUGCACUGGAAGAGGACACUAAAAAUAAAAAUGAUAAUAUUCUCCCACAAAGAAAAGGGACAACGCCAAAGAAAAGCAAAAUUGAGAGCGAUUGUAUUACACAAAGUUGUUAUGCUGCUGAAUACCAGUGUGUUUCACAACUGCAGAGUUCACAUGAACAACCUGUUACAACAGAGACCUCACAAAAACAAGGUCACAAUUCUGAAGAUUCCCAUGAAAAAGCCACAUCAAAUAAGAAUAAACCGUCCGUCAGAAAAACUGUUUAUGGAAGAAAACGGAAGAGGGCUUCAAAGAUAUGUUCGAAAGCAACAAAUAGCAAUCAAAACAAUAUCUCGUAUACAUCAAAUUCUCAGGUCACACUGUUGGAAGCAAAUGCGGACAGUAAUCAGCAGUCCAUCUCUAAUCUACAGAGUCUUGAUGACGAGUACAACCCAGAAAUAUCAAAAAAAUCCAGAAGAAAGAAAUCAAAUGAGGCUCAACACACAUUACAAAGCAAGGAAGAUUUACCUUCUCAGCUGGAGGAUGUUUCCAGUUCAUUUGAGGCUGACCAGGUGGACCAGAAGGUAAAGAAGCUUCAGAAGGCAAGACGGCCUAGUGUAAAGGCUUUAGGGGACAAAAAUUAUAAACAUGCAACUAUUCUGGAUGGAGAGUCUUUAAUAGACUCUGUGAGUCCUACAGAUUCUGUUUUAACCUCCCCAAACAUUCAAAGCCCUCAGAAAAACCCAAGGAAACCAAGACAAAAGAAAAGAGUAGAUGUCAGCGAGGUUGCUGGAACACUCAAUGCCAGCCCAGCAGUGUUACAACAAAAGGAUGCUACCUCACCAUUAGCAAGACUUAAGGAAAUCAUGCAGACUACCAAGAAAACAAGGCCUGUGAAAGCAAAAAGACAGGUGAAAAGGGCUUCUAGAAAGAAUGUAAAUGAGGACCAUGAAACUGCUGUGUUGGACAUAGAGACCUUUACAGACACUUUGACGCAAGAUUCUGUUUCAGUUGCAGGAAGUGACAUUGAAUCUCCAGUGAUUCUCAGAACAAGGAAAACAUUUGGCAAGAAAGCGUGUCCUAAGACAGUAAGCAAUGAAACUGUUGAAAUUAAUGAUCUGUUAAUUUCAGAUAGUGAAAAAGUAGUUGAUUCUGUGGUGGCCACAGAAAAGACAAAAAUGACAUCAAGUAAAAGGAAAAAAACGAAUGUUAAUUCAACUGUUGGCCAAGCUUGUUUACAACCGGAAGAUAUUACAACAGUGCCCUCAAAAUUUGUUGAAUCUUUAGUGGCUUCCAAUCCAGGAAAAACAGUAAAAGCCAGAAGAUUUUCCAACAACAAAUCUAGAAGAAAAACAAAUAAACAACUAAAUAGUAAUAUGGAUGAAGAAGCAUCUUUGUUAUCCACUGUGACACAAGAAAAUGCAAUUUUACCUUUAAAUAUUGACUCUUCAAGCAGUUACAGACGGAAGAAGUUAAGAAAAAAGACUGUAACCGAAAUCAAACAUGAGGCAGAGCAAACGCUAAAGGUAAACCAUACUGAGUCCCAGCAUGAAGAUCUGACUACAAUACCUGAUCCCAUCAUAGCAGCUUCUAGUACAAAGUUGACUUUAAAAUCAAAAAGACCAGCGAAAAAGGCAGGUAGACGGAAGGUGAAGACUGACCAUGGGAUUUCGUGGGACAUGCAGACUCUGAACCAAGCAGAUUGUGUUCCAACAUCAUUUGUUCUCACCACAACACCUAAAAAAUCAAAGACAGUCAAGAAAAUGUCUGAUCUCAAAAUUGAUGCAAUAAAUAGUGCUAAUGAUCAAACAAUGCCCCGAAAAGACAUUUCAGCUGUACAUCAGGAAUCAAAAGAAAGCAUUGUGCCUCCAAAGAAAAGAUUCAGAACUCCGCAAACACUUACUACAGACAGUCUGUUUGAUUCAACCAGCGAAAACUAUGAGUCUGUUCAUGUGAGCAAACACAUUUCUCCAGCCACUGGGAAUACAGUUAAUUUUGUUUCAGCCACAGAAACAGACUGUUCACAUGUUGUCAGCCAAAAAAACCCAGUAAGAAAAAAACGAUCAACUAAAAAGGUCAAUAGACGCAAAAGACGAGUUAUCCAAGCAAACAGCAGUUUUGGAGAACAGACCUCUCCAGAGGUGCAGGAACAAAAUUCUGCUUUAACCAGAAAUAAUAAUAAGAAUCAUACACCAGACUACUUUGAUAAAGACAUUGUGAAUGAAACAACAGAAGAUCCUAGAGAGAGACAGGUUUUAGUCUCUACUGAAACUGUUGCAAGUCCAAAGAGGAAGCCAAAGAAAAAUUGGCUGAGGCAAAAAGAAAAGAGUGAACAAGAAUUACAUUAUACGUCUACUGAAACUGCAAAAAGUUUGUCUCAUGAAGUAGACAAAAUGUCAAAUCUGCAACCUGCCUUGGAGUCUGUGUCUGAGAAUUUUGAAACUUCAGAAGCAGACAGCUGUGACCAGAAAUGGAAGGCAGCUAGGAGGAAAUCCAAGAAGUCCAAAGAGAUUGCAGAAACACAUGAAUUUGCUACUGUUUCUUUGUCUCAAGAAGUUCUGUCCCCAACUAAGAUGAAAACUGAAGCAAUUGAGACAGAUGUCAUGGUCACUAGUACAGAUGUGCAAGAUUUCUCCAAGUUAUCUGAUGUUCAGACUGUAAAAGGAUUCCAGUUCUCUGAUAAAGAUGGUUCUGAGGUUGAUCAUAAAAACAUCAUAAUCAGACAGGAGCCUACAAUUAAAGGACCUAAAGUUAGAAAAGCGCGCAAGACAAAGAAACGAAAACCUUCUAAACAGAAGAGGAAAUAUGCAGGCCGGUCAACCCAAAGAAUUAAAGAGGAGGAACAAAGAUACACAUGUUCUGAUAAUGUAAUUGCUUGUGAUGUUGAGACCAAACAUCAGGCUCAAAUUAAUGAUAACUCAGCAAGGACCAUAGUUACACAAGAGGAGCCAGUAAAUUCAGAUGUGUACAUAUCAAGAAAAUCAACCCGGAUACAAAAAAUAAACUUGGGUCCAGUUGUUGAAAGAAAGGUCAGUAGCACAGACAUCACUGAGGACAUCACUUUGUCUGGUUCCAUGAAUAAUUCUGAAUGUAAAGACCUAAUCGAUGUCCAUGAGAUUUCAGUAAGCAGUGAGCAAAGGACACCGAAACGUGGAAGACCCAGGAAACAAAAGUUAGUAGUAACACAUUUAGAAGAUGUCACAGCACCUGUCCACAUCUCAGAUCACCCUUUGUGUCAAAGCAGCACAGAAAAUAACAUCGAAGCAGCUGGUAAUCAGGUAAUUCUUGAAGUUGUUCAACACCCUAAGAAGAGAAGAGGAAGGAAAAAGAAGAAAAAGUUAACUAAAGUUACUAAACAAUUAGAAACUGAUCCCUUAGAACUGAAUGAUGCAGACCAGACUAACAACAAUUUGUCACAGAGCAUCCCUGGACGUGGACAUAAACACAAGAACUUAAAAGCACCAAGAAGAAACCACAAGUUGUCAUCUUUGAAAGUUACUGGCAGAACAUCCGAACUGGACACUGGUGAAGCGGAGACAUCUUCCCUGCCCCAAAAUUCCGUAGAAGUGGAAGCUUCACUGCCUAGGCGGGGGACAAGGAUAAAACGAAAACUUGAUGACAUAACUAUACAAGAUGAAGUUGCGACUGCUGAUGAGAAGAUUGUAGAAAUUAAUUUUAGGAAACGUGGUCGAAGGAGACAAUUGGUGAAAGAGCUGUGCUUCGAUGAUUUAGAAACCCAACCUGAACAACCACACAAAAGUGUCUCCCUUUUAUCCAAAAAGAAGUCACCGGAUCAACCUUUAAGUUUUGAAGAUUGCUUUGAAGUUUCUUUGCAGUCCUCUCUUGACAACACAGAAGCCGGUAGUGAAAUAUGUGGCAUACUUCCUAGCAAUGUGGUCAAGGAGGAGGAGCCAGAAACAGUUCUUCUAGAUACAAAAAUCAGAUCAAGAAAAGGACCCCAAAACUCAUCAGAGACAGAAAUUGUUAAUACGGGUACUGCAUGUGAACCAUCUGAAGUACAGAAAGUGGAUGAUGAACAUGUUGUAAUUGCAAAGAAGUCGAAAAUUGGAUUUAAGGCUAAAGAAAAGACGAAGAAACCUCUCACAUGCAAAUACUGUGGCGUUUCCUUUCGGCACAUUACAGCAUACGUCAUGCACCAACGCAUACAUACAGGUGAAAAGCCAUACAAAUGCAAGUUCUGUGGUAAAACCUUUGCUCAUCUUUCUAAACUGAAGUCUCACCGAAAUGUACACGAGCAACAUGCCGCUUUUCCCUGUCCUUGCUGUAACCAAACUUUCAUGAAGAAAAAACAUUUGCUGUGUCAUUUUAAAGUGCACCUUCUGGAAUCAAAACUUAGCACUGAACCUAAGCAGGACAUUAAGAAAAAGAGAAAUGUGUCCUCAAAAAAGCCAAGCAAUUCUAGCCACCAUAUUUGCAAGAUUUGUAACAAAAACUUUGGAAACCAAGUCAAAUUACGGAUUCACAUGCGUGUGCAUGAAGCGGAGAUGCCCUUGAUGUGUAAAGACUGUGGGAAGACUUUUAAGAAACCUUCAAGCCUUGCAGCUCAUGAGAAAAGCCACUGGCCUGUAAAGCCAUAUGCUUGUUCUAUUUGUGGAAAAGGUUUCAGCCAGCUGAAGGCAUUGAAAAUGCACUCUCAAAUUCACACAGGUGAGACACCCUUCUCCUGCAGUCACUGUGGUCAUGCAUUCAGUGCCAUGUCUGCACUUAGGGUGCAUCAAGCGUCCAAAACGUGCAUUUCAAAGAGAACUGAUGGGGAAAGCGGUGUCGUCAAGGGUUUCAUCGUGAGUCAAGAAGCUGAUAGUCAGGUGAACACACCGGUUUUCUUCAAGUGUCAGAUAUGCAAACAGCUCUACAAAAAAUGGUGCCAGUACACACUUCACCUUCAAACUCACACCAGUUCUUCUCCAUACCUUUGUUUUUCAUGUGGACAGUGUUAUGAGAAGGAUUCUGAGGUUAGUGAUCAUUGUAAGGUGUGUUGCCAGAUAAGUGGGGAGGAGAAAACUUGUAGAGCAUCAGUCUCUGAAAACAUUCAAGGUUUAACCCAAACUGACUUGUGCUUGGACAGUAUUUCGAAGAAAACCUCAGAUUCUUCACAAAGUUUACCAAGUACAAGAUUUCCACGGACUAGACAAAAACAUACCACUUUCCCAUCUCAUCCUCCAGAAUUUGAACGUACACAAACAAGAACCUCAACUCUUUUGGAAAAAGAUGCUGAACAAUCCCCCAUCAAAUUCCCAAAUGCCCAGUCACCUGCUCAUUCUGAAGCCAGCUGUACCUUCUCAGACAGCCCUCUAGAAUGUAUCGAAAUCUCUCCGAGUCUUUGGAAAUUUCAAUGUUCACGUUGCGGUCAGCGAUUUGAGCGGUACAGGAUGUUGUGCGCUCAUAUCCAGACACACGCUCCUGCUUUCAGAUACACCUGCGCACAUUGCGGGCAGUUCUUCGAAAGGUGGAGUAAGCUGUGGUUGCAUCAGCGACGUCAUCGUCGCAAAGGCCGUUGCUACUCCUGCACCCAGUGCAGUCUUCAGUUCCGCUUCCUUAACUCUUAUAAAGAGCACAUGUUUGACCAUGCAGGCCAGAGACCCUACGCAUGUCCGCUCUGUCCCAAAACCUUCAUCCAGGAGAAAAGCUUACACGCUCACCAGUAUGAGUCUCAUAAACUGUGUGAAAGUCUUAAAUGUGAUGUUUGUUCGAAGACCUUCAGCAGUUUAAGAAACUUAAUCAAGCACAGUCUUCUGCACAACGGUUCUACCUCUCACGUUUGUCUCCUGUGCAGUCUCUCAUUCACAAAUACAAGAGCCUUCCAGCAACACUUGAACACACACAACGGUUAUCAAGGACUGCCGCUUCCAGACAUUGCUUCAAAGCCGCUCACUUUCCCCCACAAAUGCAGAACAUGCAAAGCUUGUUUUUCAACUGGAGAUUUGCUCUAUGCUCAUCAGAUAUGCCAUUCCAGAGAUGCAAAGACUAAAGUCCGUCCAGAAUCCAAGCCUACCUCAAAAUCGUCCAAUUCUCGUCAUACAGAUGAACAAUCUGGCACCCCUCUCACAAAUCAUGUAUCGAAACUCAAACUGGAUGGCAUACCCAAUGAUAAGAGCCUGUAUGUUUAUUCUCAUCCUGACAGGCUCUAUGUUAACCCUAGUUUAUCCAGAGUAAGGCAUCAAGUUAUUCAUAUAGACUCUAACGAACUCUCAGACUCUCAGAAUACCAGUCCACAAACUACGAACUCUACCCCCUCAGCCAGCAGUGAAGGAUGCACACAGAAUUUACCUGUGGCGACCUCUCAUCUACCUCAGGACACAUCAGAUCGAGAAACCACUAACUUGAAAACAAGCGAGAGUGUUAAAGACGUGACAAACGACCCUAUCCAGAUUAAAAAUAAACACAGCCAUAAGCAUCAUAGAAGGUCUACCUUUGUGGAGACCAGCGUUAAUAUGGAGGUAGAAACUGUUCAUGAAGAGUAUGAAGAGUGCUUUGAAUGUGCAGAUUGUACUGAAAAACUAACCAGUGUCAUAGGCCUUUAUGAACAUUACAUACUACAUGCAAUGGGGGAUACAUAUGUACAAGUACAUUGAUGAUGAUUGUAGUUUUUCAUCACAGUAAAUGUUUUAAUGGUAGAUGAUAAUGCAUGUUUUUUAAGUAUUCACUAACUUGUAUUGACACUAGUAUUUGUUUUACCAUCCAGGGGCCUUAUUUAUAAAGUGUGCUUUUAAUGCGUCAUUUAUGUGGAAAGGUGCUAAGUGUCAUGUCAGGGUCUAAGCAGACCUAAGCACUUUCGCUUGUCCGAUUGCUUCACAUUUUUGGAAAUUAAGUCUUUCUUGCUGCUCGUAAAAGAUUUGAACAUUGACUGGUGCUUUUUUUAAUAUAUCAAUGACAUUAAUCAGGCAUCGUUUAAAUGUGGAGAUUUGAAACUAUUUAGCUGCGCACAAUUUUAAGAUCAUUCACGAUUUAUAGAUUUCACAUCUAUACACAAGUUUGCUGUGCGCACGUUUAUUUUAUGAAUCACACGUACACACACACAUUUGAGAAAUGUUCAAAUUUAGUAUGGUUUAUGCACCAUUUUAUAAAUAAGGCCCCUGGUGUUUUGUUUUUGCAUGCUUUUUAAGUCAGUAUUGGCUAAAUGUGUCAUUUACAAAGUUAACACUGUAUUUUUUAUCUGGGUGACAAAAAGUAGCUUAACAAUGGUGCGGUUUCCCAUACAGGGCUUAUCUUAGUCCCAGACUAAAAUGCAUAUAGCUUUUACUGAAAUAUUUUAACAUGCUGUAUGUCAGUGACAUUGUUUUGUCUCAAAAUGCACACCAGUAUUGUGUAAGGUAUGUUUGUAAAAAAUUACUAAAAUUGCCUAGUACUGGAUUAAUCUAAACCCUGUCCGGGAAACCGCCCCAAUGACUCCUAACAGGCUCUUUAAACCCUCAGGUUAAUGUGGUUUAAAACCUUAUACAGGCUGUGGAAGGGUUCAUGCUCAAUGGCUUCUCCAAGACACUGUAUUACUGGAGUCAUUGUCACUUUGCCUUUAUCUAGAUCUCUCCAUAGGUGCCUUCCUUGAAAGGUUUGGGUGUGAGAUUUAAUCAUUGCCGGUGCAUAAAUCAGGUUCAUAUACUGUACAUACACUAGGGUUGUUUAAAGGACCUGUAAAUAGCUUGACGUAAACCUACGAAACCCAAUAACCUGCCAGGCCUCCCAAUGUAAAGACAUUUUCUGGGUGGCACAUAUAUAAAUAUUGUAAAAUGAAUAUAUGUAGUACUUGAGAACGCUAGACUAUAUCUGAAAGUUUUAAAUAUACUGUUUCCAUUGUAAUCAUGUUUUUUUUUUAAUAAAAUUACUAAUUGUCA